AUGGAGGUUGAUUCAAAUGUUGGUGAGAAUCCUUUAAUAAAUGAGGGCGAACAUGUUGAAGAACCUAAGAAGGGUAUGUGUUUUAGCUCAAGGGAAGAGGUGUACACAUUUUAUGGCAAAUAUGCUAAGCAUGUUGGAUUUGCUAUAGCUCAUAGAGCACAACAUUUUGGAGAUGAUGUGCAAUUGCUAAACUUUGCAAUUGAAUGUUCUCGAGCGGGGCAGAGAAAAAAGACAUCAGAAGUCAAUCCUCUGAAGCCAUGUUUGUCCACAAAAAUUGGUUGCACAGCAAGGAGAAGAUUAGAAAUUAAUGAUCAAGCAGGGAUUGGGGUGUCUAGGAACUUUUAUUCAAUGGUUAUUGAAGCAGGGGGAUACAAGUCUUUGACAUUUGACGAGCAAGAUGCAAGAAAUUACAUUGAGAGAGCUAGAAGUGAAGACACUAACACAUUUGUUUGGCUAUUCAAGUCAUGGUUAAGUUGCAUGUCAAAUCAUUCGCCAAAAGCUAUCAUAACUGAUCAGUGUAGAGCUAUGCAAAAUGAUAUAGAAAUUGUGUUUCCACGAGCUCGACAUCGGUGGUACUUAUGGCAUAUCAUGAAGAAAAUUCCGAAGAAGUUGAAAGGAUAUGCUCAGUAUGAAGCCAUAAAGUUGGCUAUGCAAAAUGCAGUUUAUGACUGUCUGACAAGAGUUGAAUUUGAGAGUAAAUGGGAAGAGAUGCUUGCAACAUUCAAUCUUUAUGAUAAUGAGUGGUUGGGGGUACUAUAUGAUGAGCGGAAUCGAUGGGUAGAGAAAGAGAAGAAAGUAGACUUCAAGUCUCGACACAAAUUGUUUGAUUGCCUAACUAUAUACGGGUUUGAGAAGCAAUUUCAGCAAACCUACACCAAUGCGAAAUUCAAAGAAGUUCAAGGAGAGUUGAAGAGAUUAGUUUACUGUCAGGUGGUGAUUGUGAAAGAGGAGGGAUCAAUUUCUACAUAUAAUGUCCAAGAAGCGAUGGUAGUUUCUGAGAAGAUGAAGCAUGUGGACCUUGUUGUCUAUUUUAAUUCAACUGAAUGUGAAGUUCAAUGCAUAUGUCGGUUGUUUGAGUUUAGAGGCAUUAUGUGUGCUCACUCACUCGCUGUGCUUGUCAGAAGAUGCAUAAAUGAGGUGGCAAGUAAAUACAUUUUGCCCUGGUGGAGAAAAGAUGUGGAUAGCGAAUACGCAUGCAUCAAAACCACAUACACCGGCUUUGGGAAUGAUUUCAAUGCAAGUACCUAUGAGAGGAUGAACAAAAAAUUGAUUGCCAUUGUACAACUUGUUGGUAACUCUGAAGGCAAAACUAGAAUUAUAGACCUUGGGUUGGAUGAAAUCAAGGAGAGAGUCAUGAAAGAAGAAUCCGGUGAUGGGAGUAAUUUACCAUGUUCAACAAGAAGUCCGAUUCACAUCGGUUCUACACAAGGAGGUACUAGUAGGAAGGUGGCCCAUGGUAUUGGAGGCACAUCUCUUACUCCAUCAGAUUUCAUAAGUGGCACACAGGGAAGUUUGAUGAGUGCUCCAACUCAGAUUUAUGGUUCUGCAUCGGGAAGCUUGGAUAUUACAGACUUGUUUGACUAG